CCAGAAGCUCUUGCGCCACUCUUCCCCUCCCCUCCUGAAGUCGGGUGCUGUUUUUGUUGUUGGUGAAAGGUGAGGGGAACAGCUGAUCCGUCUGUGGGGACAGCAGGCAUCUUGACGGCAGGAUGGAAGAGUCAUCCCUGAACCGGGCACCAUCCCGGGGUGGAGUCAACUUCCUGAAUGUGGCCCGGACCUACAUCCCCAACACCAAGGUGGAAUGUCACUACACUCUGCCUCCAGGCACUAUGCCCAGCACCAGUGACUGGAUUGGCAUUUUCAAGGUGGAAGCAGCCUGCGUCCGGGAUUACCACACAUUUGUAUGGUCUUCAGUGCCAGAAAGUACAACCGAUGGGUCCCCCACCCAUGCCAGUGUCCAAUUCCAAGCCAGCUACCUGCCCAAACCAGGAGCCCAGCUCUACCAGUUCCGAUAUGUGAACCGCCAGGGCCGGGUGUGUGGGCAGAGCCCCCCAUUCCAGUUCCGAGAGCCAAGGCCCAUGGAUGAGCUGGUGACCCUGGAGGAGGCUGAUGGGGGCUCUGACAUCCUGUUGGUUGUCCCUAAGGCCACUGUGCUUCAGAACCAGCUGGAUGAGAGCCAGCAGGAACGGAAUGACCUGAUGCAGCUGAAGCUGCAGUUGGAGGAUCAGGUGACAGAGCUGAGGAGCCGAGUACAGGAGCUGGAGAAGGCUCUCUCCACUGCCAGGCGGGAGCAUUCAGAGCUCACAGAGCAAUACAAGGCACUCUCUCGGUCCCAUGGGGAGCUCACAGAAGAGAGGGACAUCCUGAGCCAGCAGCAGGGAGAACAUGUGGCCCGUAUCCUGGAGUUGGAGGAUGAUAUCCACACCAUCAGUGACAAGGUGCUGAUGAAGGAGGUGGAACUGGACAGGGUUAGAGACUCAGUGAAGGCCCUGACUCGGGAACAAGAGCAGCUCCUGGGGCAGCUGAAGGAAUCCCUGGCAGACAAGGAACAGAGCAAGGUAAGAGAUUCCAAGUGGGUUUACUUUCUUUCUUAGUCUUUAAGCUAGUGU